UGGGUUGUGGGUCAAUAAAUGGAGGUGGUGUGGACGGAGAGAGCUGUGUCUUGUUUGGGAAGCUCUGAGGGGAGGCUUGGUGUUAAUCUAUUCACCCUGGGGGCAGAGGAAGGGGCUGGGGAUACAGACAGGGUAAGGGCAGGGGGAGGGCGCAUGCCCGUUGCGCGCCGUGAAGGCUGCGAGGGCAGAGCCGGGCGGAGUGAGUUCGCGCCUGUGCGUUGGUUGCCGUUCCUGCGCGGGGGGCACCUUCCGGCGCACUGUGCUCACGUCAUCAGCGCUGCGCCGGCGCUCACCUGGAGUUCCGGGUCCGGCAUGAGCGCGGCUCAGAGGGAUUCGGUCCCGGUCGGCGGGCCCUCGCGGGAGGCCGGGACCGAACCGGGUGAUGCUGGAAGCCGUAAGGCACGAGGGCGGCCACGUCUGACGGAAUCGGACCGGGCGAGAAGGCGGCUGGAAUCGAGGAAGAAGUACGACGUGCGGAGGGUGUACCUAGGAGAGGCCCACGGGCCCUGGGUCGAUCUGCGGCGGAGAAGCGGUUGGAGCGACGCUAAGUUGGCGGCCUACCUGCUGGGACUGGAGCGAGGGCAGCGCGCUGGGAGGCAGGGCAAGCCGUGGGAGCAGAUUCCAAAAAAACCCAAACGGAAGAAAAGGCGAAGGCGUAACGUCAACUGCCUACGGCAUGCAGUGAUCUGGUAUGAGGACCAUCGACAACGCUGCCCCUAUGAGCCCCGCCUGGCUGAGCUCGAUCCCUCCGUGGGGCUCUACACUACAGCUGUGUGGCAGUGUGAGCGUGGCCACCGUUACUUCCAAGACCUGCAUUCUCCCCUGAGACCUCUCAGUGAUUCUGAUGGGGACAGCGACGACACUGCAGCGGCUCCCAACAGUUCCUCCUCCUCCUCUUCCUCCUCUGGGAGCUGCAGUUCAGGCUCGGAGACAACGCAAGGGAUGACGCAAGGGGCUGCCCUGUCAACGCUGGGGGGGGGCACAGCAGUAUCCCCCCCUGCAGGGCCAGGCCCCCCAGUGGAAGGGCGGGUGACAGCUCUGGAGGCAGUCGUAUGCGUGCCACUACCCUUUCCCUUGCGGCUGGGGGCAGGUCGAGGGGCACUGACUGAGGAGGGAACCUCCACCUUGUUGCAGGGAGGGGGCCCAGCACUACUCCAGGCUCCCCCCCUCCUCAUCUUGACUGGCUCCAGCUAUGAAGCUCUGGAGGGGUUGCAGUUGGAUGUAAGGGGGGAUGAGGUGUCCUGUGCCCUACUGCAGGGAGAAAGUGCAUUCCCCUUGGACCCCCAUCUCCCUAAGACAGAGGAAGAUAAAGCACUUGCGCUGAAGCAGGAGGAGGUUCUGCCCUCUGCAGCAGCUGAACACUCUCUGGAGCCCCCUCUGGAAGCCCCUCGAGAGCCCUCCCCACCUCUGCCAGCAGAGGAUGCUGACGGCAGUGACAUGUCGGCCAUCAUCUAUGAGAUCCCUAAAGAACCUGAGAAGCGACGACGCAGCCGCCGGGGCCGUGCACCCAACUCUGAGGGGCUUUCAGAUCCCAUCCCCUGCCCCUAUGCAGGCUGUGGACAGGUCUAUGUGGCUCUCAGCAGCUUCCAGAAUCACAUCAACCUGGUGCACCGCAAGGCUCGGACUCGGCAGUGCCCCCAGCCUGGCUGUGGAAAGAAGUUUUCCUUGGCCAACCAUCUACGCCGACACAUGCUCAUCCACUCUGGCAUGCGGGAAUUCAUCUGUGAGAGCUGUGGGAAAUCUUUCAAGCGUAAAAACCACUUGGAGGUGCACAGGCGGAUGCACACAGGGGAGACCCCUCUUCAGUGUGAAAUCUGUGGGUAUCGAUGUCGUCAGCGUGCCUCCCUCACCUGGCACAUGCGUAGGCAUGGGGGGGGGAAGGCCAGCAACACAGCCCUGCCCUUGUGAGCACUGCAGGAAGCACUGCAAGCGACUGGAUGGCCUCAAGUGCCACACGCUCAACCCUGAGCCUCAGGGCACGUAGCUGUUGGGGGACUGCGAGUAGCCCCAAACCUGUUCCCCCUUCAGGUUAAGGGGAGUGGGGGGUGUUGCAUUAAUUUUUGCCCCCAGAAGGAGUGUAAGCACUACAGCAGACGGAGGGGAAGGAAUUAACUCUGAGUGUCCCCGUCCCCACCCCAAUGCACAAUGGGGAUGUCUAACCCCUUGUCUGCCCCUAGCACUGAAAAAGGAUUCUGACCCCUCCUGACUUCCUCCCCACUGAUCUCCCCUUGCCCCACGUCCCCUCAGCCUUACUUUAUUUAUUUCCCAAAUUUUUGUCCUCUGUUCCAUAGGCUACCUGGGUCCAGAAAGUGGGUUAGGAGAUGGGGGUGGGCAACUGGUACCCCACUUUUAAUGUGGGGAGCAGGUCUGGCCUCUUCUUCCUUACCUCCCCUCCCCCUCACCCCUCUUAUUAAAAAUGAUGACUUUUAAUUCCUGCUUUUUUCUCCUUUUCCGGGACAGGG